AUGUCCGAGAGUCAUGUCCGAGAGUCAUGUCCGAGUGUCAUGUCCGAGAGUCAUGUCCGAGUGUCAUGUCCGAGUGUCAUGUCCGAGAGUCAUGUCCGAGUGUCAUGUCCGAGUGUCAUGUCCGAGUGUCAUGUCCGAGUGUCAUGUCCGAGAGUCAUGUCCGAGCGUCAUGUCCAAGCGUCAUGUCCGAGUGUCAUGUCCGAGUGUCAUGUCCGAGAGUCAUGUCCGAGUGUCAUGUCCGAGUGUCAUGUCCGAGAGUCAUGUCCUAGUGUCAUGUCCAAGUGUCAUGUCCGAGCGUCAUGUCCGAGUGUCAUGUCCGAGAGUCAUGUCCGAGUGUCAUGUCCGAGUGUCAUGUCCGAGAGUCAUGUCCGAGUGUCAUGUCCGAGUGUCAUGUCCGAGUGUCAUGUCCGAGAGUCAUGUCCGAGUGUCAUGUCCGAGAGUCAUGUCCGAGUGUCAUGUCCGAGAGACAUGUCUGAGAGUCAUGUCCGAGUGUCAUGUCCGAGUGUCAUGUCCGAGAGUCAUGUCCGAGAGUCAUGUCCGAGAGUCAUGUCCGAGUGUCAUGUCCGAGUGUCAUGUCCGAGUGUCAUGUCCGAGAGUCAUGUCCUAGUGAGGGUCAUGUCCGAGAGUCAUGUCCUAGUGUCAUGUCCGAGGGUCAUGUCCGAGUGUCAUGUCCGAGUGUCAUGUCCGAGUGUCAUGUCCGAGUGUCAUGUCCGAGAGUCAUGUCCGAGUGUCAUGUCCGAGUGUCAUGUCCGAGUGUCAUGUCCGAGAGUCAUGUCCUAG